UUAUUUUCUUAAAUUUUUGUAUAGUUCGUAGGGGACUAUUGGAGGCACCCAUCGCCCUUUUAGAAAUUGAAAUCUCCAAAAUGGGAUCUCCACCUCAAUAAUACUCCUGUCAUCCGGUUCCUGUCUUUUGAAUCACACAAAGUCUACCCAUUUUCGGGUUCUCUCUCUCUCUCUCUCUCUCUCUCUCUCUCUCUCUCUCUCUCUCUCUCAAAUGGCAACAAGCAUGAACGACAAUCUCAAGUACUUCACCUCUCCAAAACCCCAACCCACCUCCCACUGGUACUCCCCAGAAACAGGCACAUACCACAGCAAACACCCUCCCGUAAACCUCCCAACAGACCCAUUCCUCGACGUCGUUUCCCACAUCUUCUCAAAGCCUCACAAUGGCGUCUCAGCCCUCAUUGACUCCACGUCCGGCCACACAAUCCCCUACUCACACCUCUACCCAUUGGUCAAAUCCAUGGCCUCUGGCCUCCACCAAAUGGGCAUUUCGCAAGGCAACGUCGUUUUGAUCCUGCUACCGAAUUCUAUCUACUUCCCUGUUAUAGUCUUUGGUGUUCUGUACUUGGGUGCUGUUGUGACCACCAUGAAUCCUCUGAGUACUCUCCCUGAGAUAAAGAAACAAACACUCGACAGUAAUGCAACUCUUGCCUUUACUUUGCCUGAUUGCCUUGGCAAGUUUCAUCAGUUGGGUAUACGUGCAAUUGCGGUGCCGGAAACUGGAGGUUUUGAUUUGAAACAAAUCGGUGUGUCAGAUUUUGACAAGUUGAUUGGGGAGAGAAAUCCCAUUUCGGUUCCAAGGCCUGUGAUUCGUCAAGAAGACACUGCAGCGAUCAUGUAUUCUUCGGGCACAACCGGGACUUGUAAAGGGGUUGUGUUAUCACACAGGAAUCUGAUAUCCAUGAUUGAGCUUUUUGUCAGGUUUGAAGCUUCACAGUACGAGUAUUCGAGUGAGGAAAACGUGCAUCUAGUUGUUAUGCCCAUGUUCCAUAUUUACGGGCUUUCGCAUUUCGUGUUGGGGUUGUUGUCAUUGGGUUCUACCGUGGUUGUGAUGAGGAAGUUUGAUGCUGACGAAAUGGUGAAGGCUACUGGGAGAUACAGGGUCACCCACUUUACGGCUGUUCCGCCGUUGCUGGUGGCGCUGACGGUGAAAGCUAAGUGUGUUGAGGGAGGUGUUUGGAAGAGUUUGAAGCAGGUUUGCUGUGGUGCGGCUCCGGUGACCAGGAAAAGCAUCGAGGAUUUCGUGCAGACUCUCCCUCAUGUUGAUUUCAUUCAGGGCUAUGGCAUGACUGAGUCAACUGCUGUAGGAAGCCGUGGCUUCAAUACAGAAAAGUGUCGUAAGCACACCUCGAUGGGGCUUAUGGCUCCAAAUAUGGAAGCUAAAGUGGUAGAUUGGGUUACCGGCUCCUUCUUGCCUCCUGGGAAGAGCGGUGAACUUUGGUUAAGAGGACCUGCCGUUAUGAAAGGUUACUUGAAUAAUCCGGAGGCCACUGCGAUAACAAUUGACGAACAUGGUUGGUUGCGUACGGGAGACAUUGUUUGUUUCGACGAGGAAGGGUACUUGCAUAUAUUAGAUCGCUUGAAAGAGAUCAUCAAAUACAAGGGCUUUCAGAUUGCUCCUGCCGAGUUAGAAGCUGUAUUGGUUACCCAUCCCGAUAUACUUGAUGCUGCAGUAACAUCAGCCAAGGACGAGGAAGCGGGGGAGGUGCCGAUGGCUUUUGUCCUGAAGAGGCAGGGAAGUCUGCUUUCUGAGGCUGCUGUAAGAGACUAUGUUGCUAUGCAGGUUGCACCAUACAAGAAAGUGAGGAAGGUGGUGUUCACAAAUUCAAUACCUAGGUCGGCGGCGGGAAAGAUUCUCCGACGGGAACUGAGGGGCUUAAUUUCCAGAAUUUAGAAAUUAUUCAAGCAUGCCUAGUUUCUCUUGGAAUCAAUUUCGAAUUGGUAAUUAUGUUGGAUACAUUGUUAACGGAAAUUCAUGUGUGGUACAUGAAGAGUCUAUGUGCGUUCGACAUAUGUUCAUGGUACAUAUCUUUUGUGUCUUUUUGUGUGUGUGGAGUCUAAGGGUCGAGAGCCAUUUCUUAGUUUAAGAGCCAUUAGUUUUCAUGUAUGAAUUAUAUGACUCGUACAUGAACUUAUUUAUUGUCUAGUUUUGCGUACUUGACUAGAUGCAUGAUAGGAGAGUUCUAAUAAAUUCUAAAAGUAUUUGAAUCA